AAAAAAUGCGAGGUUCUGAAAGUUUCGUCUGAGGGAGGGAGCAGAGAACUUCGCCUCUAUUUCACCGUUUAUCUGCCUGCGUUGACAAGCCUUAAGGCGGCUUAGAUGGUGUUUAUUUAGCACACAAAGAAGAGGAGAAGGGAAGUGAUAGACCGUCCAUACAAAUCCGAAAUGGAAGAAAAUGAUGAAAUGGACUCACUGUUUGAGGGGAUGGUCCUGUUCGAUCCUUCUGAAAUGGUGUCUGGAGAUCCGGAUAUCGACGACGUCGGAAUUGGACAUCUAGACCGGCGGGGCUCAGACAUAGCUGGCGUUGUUAAUGUCGGAGCAGCUCAACCGGCUGUCCCACCUAUUCAAGUUCCGGCCCAAUCAAACCAUAUUCAGCCGCUCGAUGAGAACCUGUUCUCUGAUCUUACACUUGUCUCUCCCCCAAGAUCCCCAGAAGUAGAGGAUUUCAAGUCUCCGCCCGGUCCAUCUUCAAACUCGGUACUUUCUCGCCAGAAUUCUACUACCCGGAAGAAGAAGAGAGCUGGUUUAAGGAUUGGAUAUGGUAGGAAUAGAUAUUAUGCCUCCGAUUCAGUCCCAACCACCUCUCCCCCGGGUGAUCAUUCAAAGGAGGGGAAGGAAAAAGGGCAUAACGAAGAACUAGAAAAAGAAGAAGAAGACAGUUAUGCUGCUGAAGAAGGUGAAGAGCACGACUCCACCAUGAUCUCUGCCUCUCACGACUGUGAUUCUCAAAAAACAUCGCGAAGCAUUCAUUCUAAUGAUGAUGCACUUUCCCAUAAGGCGGCUAGCCAGGGUUCGUGUGGAGUUGGCGAAGAUGUAACAUCUGAGCAAUUAAAUUGUAACAAGAGUCAUAACCCAGUUGAGUUACGAUUUGAACAACUUAAGACCCUCAUUUCUAGUAAGCUUAAAAUGGCCAAUGAGACUGUAGCUUCCAUAUCUUCAGAGAAGAAGGAAUCGAUUAGGAAGAGGAGAAAAGCUGCCCGGAAUGUAACUCAAGCAUAUGCUGAGUAUAAAGAGCUAGAGAAGAAGCUGGAUGAAGCUUGUGAGGCUGAAGACUUUGAGAAAGCUGAAAGAGUUAGUGAGAGUUUAGCUUUGGCUGAGAAGGAAAAGGAACGGCUGACAGUUGAUCUCAGAGAUGCUGAAGCCCAGUGCAGUGCUGUUGACUCUAAGAUGCAGGAGGCUCUUGACUCGCUAAUUCAUGUUGAGGAGGAAUGCGCCUCUAUGUUGCAGAGCUUUGCAUUGGAUGCCAUAUGUGAUGCAGAAUUGGAUGUAACAACUGCAGAAGGAUUGUCAUCCAAACAGAUGCAGGAGUGGGAGUUGUCCGCUGAAGCAAUAGAGAUCCAAAAGAUGGAAUUGGAGAUUGAAGCUGAAUUGGUGUUUGAGGCGCAAAAGGUUCUUAAGGAUUCCAUAGAGCAAUAUGUUGAGGAUGACCGAAGAGAGAGAAAUAUUCUUUGCAAGAAAAAAGAAGUGUUAACGGAAGAGCUGAAACAACUGCUUGCUUUAGUGAAAGCAAAGGAAGAAGAAAUAGCAGAAAAUGAUUCUCUCAUUGAAAAAGUUGACAGAAGGAUUGACUGUGUGAUGUCUAGCUCUCAAGAAGCCGAAACUAGUAUUAAUGAAAAUUAUCAGAAUCUGCAAUCUAGACUGUCUGAACUUCUCUUAGAAAAUGAAUCUCUAUUGGAGAAGAAGAAAGAGAUUGAUUAUUAUGCUUCCCAGGAGGAAUCUAGGAAAGCAAAGAUUAGGGAUCUCUCUAGGAUUUCAGCAGAUGAAGCAAACAUGUUUACAGAAGUUGUUGGGUUACGUAAGAGUCUGGCUCAGUUUGUUUUGAAAUCCAAGGAGGAUAGAGUUAGGCUUUCUAUAAAUGAGGAUGAACUUGCAAUCCAAAUCCAAAUGCUCCAACAGCAAAUUUCUGCUGCAAGAACAUCACUUCAGGAACUAUCAUCAUCAAAGUCAAAGAUCCAGCAAGAUAUUGAUUCCUCAAAGCAGAGAUUUCUCUUUAUAGACAAGAAAGUUCCAGAGCUCGAGGCAGAGAAAAAGGUGGCUGCUGCCGCAAGAAAUUUUAAGGAAGCAGCACGCCUGUCAACAGAGGCGAAGGAAUUGUGCAUGGAAAAGGAUAGAAUACAAACCAAAUUGGAAGAUGCAGAAUUAGAGGUCAAGAAAGUUGAAGAAGAGAUUUGCCUUAUCGUUGAGAGACUGAAAGAAACGGAAGCUCAAGGUUCAGAAAAGGAGAGAGAAUUGGCUAUGGCUAGAUUCCAGAGGCUAAUUUUAGUUGACAGAGCUUGCAGAGAAGAGAGAUCAGUUGCUUUAGAGUUGGGUGACCUUGA